AUGCCCGCUCGACUCGCACAGCAGCCCAUCCACGUCUCAGUACCAACCUCCAACAGCUUCGACGCCCUCGCAGGCGACAAGGACACCGCGGCGCAGGACGACCUCGACGAACGGGUUGCACUCGCUCUGCGGCUCAUCGACGCCGUGUUGGACGAGGAUGACAGGCUCGUGAGGAUGCUUGUGCUCGAGGAGAAGGUCGACGCUUGGGUGCAGGACCAGCAGGGGUGGACAGCCCUCCAUGCCGCAGCUUACACCGGCAACGUCGAGCACAUCAAGUUGUUGCUGCGGAAGAGCAACGCAGUCUGGGCCAUGCCGGACAACCUGGGUUGCACCGCCGGCGACAUCGCCUUCUCGAUGAAUCACGACCGGGCGUACGAGGAGCUGCUAGCCGAAGGCAUCCGCGCCGAGAUGCUCCGUUCCGUGCUCGAGUCCGCCUCUGCCUCCGACUCCGACUCGGCAAUGGUCGACGACGCCGAGCCCUCCCCUUCGGACGCCCCAAAGUUGUCGACAGCAAGCGACAACGCGACCUUCCUCUCCUCCCGGCUCAUCUUCACCACCGAUUCGCGCGGUCAGGCCGUCGCACUCGACGCCGAGGGAAACGGCGUGAUGAUGAACUGGGAAGAGGGGAUCAUGAGGCGUACGGUGGAGGCUUUGGCGCGAGAGGGAGGCUGGGAGGGACGGAAGGGACGCGCGAGGGGGGAGUUGCUGAGUGAGGAAGAGCGCGGCGAGAGGGAGGGGUUGAAGGUGCUGAACGUUGGAUUUGGGUUGGGGAUCGUCGACACCCACCUGCAAUCCUACUCGCCCACCUCGCACCUCAUCAUCGAACCACACCCAGACGUGCUCGCCUUCGCCCGGAAAAACGGCUGGUUCGACAAGCCCGGCGUCAGGUUCUACGAGGGGACUUGGAAGCAAUGGAUGGGGGAUUUGGAGAGUGGGAAGGAGGAGUAUGAGGGGUGGGACGCGAUUUAUUUCGACACCUACUCGGAGAACUACGCCGACCUGCACCGCUUCUUCGAGCUCCUGCCAGACAUCCUCUCCUCCUCCCCCUCCGCCCGCUUCUCCUUCUUCCAUGGCCUCGGCGCGACCUCUCGCCUCCUCUACGACAUCUACACCAGCGUCUCCCAGAUGCACCUCCGGGAAAUCGGGCUCCAGACGGAGUGGGAGGAGGUGGACGUUGCGGAGGGAGUUGUCGGGCGGUGGGAGAGUACGGGUGAGGCGGCGGAGGGGGAGAGGACGAAGGGAGAAGGGGAGAAGAAGUAUUGGCGCGAGGAGAUGGUCGGGAGGUAUAGGUUGCCUGUGUGCAGGUUGGAGAUGUAG